UGUUUUUUGAUGACUGCACAGAGCGCGGGAUUCAGCGGGUGUCGUGCUGACAUGCGACGAUCCUUGCCCAUGCCUCCAGGCCGUGCUGAAGAACGGGUGGCGAAACUUGUUGACAGUCCAGACCGACCAGAAAGCGAGGCCUCAUACAAGCUAGACGAAGGUGGUUGGGCCGACGUCUAAACCGCUGACGUUAUGAACCCCUGCUGCUCGGUGCCUCUUUGUUGCUAUUCUUCUGGCUCCUUGCCUUCUUGUCCUGCCAGACUUAUUCUCCGCCUUUCAGCAAGGUUACUCUGUUGCUGUUAGAGGUGCUAUGCUUUCUCUCGAUCUUGGACCUGGACUCCUGGGCAGCCCUCUUGCCGCAUGUAAAGUGUCUUGUUGCAAUCUCGAAUAUCCCGUGUCUCAGAAGUUGUAUGGCAUGA